UUAACAGCAGACACAUGUUGCCAGGAUUUAUGGGCAUCUACUAAACGCUGUGUAAGAACGGUAUUUUGAGUUGUUGUAAUGCAAAUUUAAAACUAUUGUUAGCUUUAAUCAAAUUCUCGUUAUAAGAGGUCUGUUACUCACUGAUGCAUUACUAAAACCUUUACACUUAAAAGCUUUAUGUGAAAGAAGUAUUCACCAUAUCAUUUAUUAAGAAUGCUUACCACCCUUAAAUGAUGUCAUCAAUGGUCAUCUGUUCCCUUUUCAUCUGAGAAAUAUUCAUUUAGCGGAGCCUUCAAUCUCAACAUCUGAACAGCUUUCGCCAAUUCGUUUUGUUACUAUUCCAAGAUUGUGUUGCCACGAACCUCAUGACAUCCUAAUGAGAAAAGAUAAUUCAUCCCAUCUUUUGAAAUAAAAGUGGCAACAUUAAGAAAGGCUUCACUUUUCAAAGACCCACAAUUCCAACUUCAACAUAUCUCGAUGGAAUCGGGAAUCAUGAAAUAAUAAAUUGUCCAAUACAUCUGUUUAGAAAUUUUUAUUCAUGCUAUAAUUUUUAUUACUUAUAAUUGCAAAUGUAUGAGUAUUGUUACUCUCAUACAAAAAAGAGGAAUCUAUUCUCAUGACCCCUGUUAUAAAACAUUCUUCCAAAAAUUACAUUCAGAGUUUUCCUUUUUGAUUCACUUAAUGAAAAAGACUUCAUUUUCGCCAUAUAUGGUCAAAGGCAUUUAAAUUAUAUUCGUCGUGAAAAUUUUAUUGUCAGACUGGAAUUUAAAGAGAUGUCUCGUGCAACUGACAUGCAGAAAGAAGUGUUUUAAAAACGCAAUUUUCUCAUUGACCACUUAAUGUGAAAACCAUAUUCUUGCAAAGUUUGUGAUAUUUUCGCAGCUUCCGAAUUUAAAGAAACGUUUACUGCUGCCUGCUGAAGAGACUACUACUUGUUGUAAAGCAUAUUUUCAACAGUCACAUUUAAAAAUUAUUUUAAUGUCGCCUACGAAUGAGAAAUCCUACACUUGCAGCUUUUGCAACAAAGUCUUUUCUAAGAUUUCCAAUUUAAAAAGACAUUCAUGGACGCAUACACCAGCUAAACCGUUUUCAUGUGAGAUUUGCAAUAAAGCCCUUAGCCAGAAAGACCAUUUAAUAAACCAUAUGCGUCUGCAUACGGGUGAGAAACCAUAUACAUGUGAAUAUUGUAACAAAUCCUUCUCGGAUAAGGAGAAUUUGAGAAGACAUGUACGGAUACAUACGGGAGAGAAACCGUAUAAAUGUGCAUUUUGUAACAAACCUUUUUCAGAUAACGGAAGUUUCAAAAAACAUUUACGGGUGCAUACGGGAGAGAAACCAUAUGCAUGCGAUUGUUGCGGAAAAGCCUUUUCCAACAACCGACAACGUAAAGUACAUAUGCGUGUACAUACGGGAGAGAAACCAUAUACAUGUGACAUUUGUAACAAACGCUUUUCGGAUAAGGGAAAUUUCAGAAAACAUGUACGCACGCAUUCGGGAGGGAAACCCGAGGUACAUGAAUUUUGUAACCAACCCAUUUCGGAUCAAGGUAGUUUUAAAAGACAUUUUCGGACUGAUACACAAGAGAAACCAUAUACAUGCGAGGUUUGCAAGAAAACCUUUUCCAAAAGCGGGAAUUUAAAAGUACAUGUGCGUCUGCACACGGGAGAGAAACCAUAUACGUGUGACUUUUGUAACAAACCCUUUUCGGAUAAGGGGAAUUUCAAAAGUCAUUUACUUACACAUACGAAAGAAAAAUCGUUUACAUGUGGCAUUUGUAAUAGAGCUUUUUCCCGGAAUUCGAGUUUGAAAAGGCAUUUAUUUACGCACACAAAAGAGAAACCGCAUACAUGUGAAACUUGCAAUAAAGAUUUUCUUCGGCCUGCUGAUUUAAAGAAACAUUUACUGACGCAUGCGAAAGUGAAACCAAAUGCACGUGACAUCUGUAAAUAAGCCAUUUCUUAUUUAUCAAAUUUAAGAGUGUUUACGAACACAUACAAGAAACCGUACACACGUGACUUCUGUAAUAUCAGAUAUUCUCAUUCUAUUUUUUAAAGAAACCUUUGCCGAAGCAUAUCCUAGAAAAUGAAUGAAUUAUACGCCUCUGAAGUUCAAUAAAGCUUUUGUUAACAGGAAAAUUUCACCUCAUCUUAAAGAGAAAGACUUAUAAUAAUGAUUUUGUAGUAAGUUAACGUUUCAAAAAACAUAGACCAAAAAGCCUUAUUAUUUUACUAAAAUAUGUUAAAAUAGCCUCUUCUAGGAAUUCUAUUUUGUACGACACGGCAUAUAAUGUAUAUUCAUUGUUAUUAUACAUGGUAAUUCUUAUACUUAAAUGAAUGUUCCAACUUAUCAGAGCAAUUGAAGAAAACAAAGCAAAGUGUAACCUUGUUCAUCCAAAAUUACAAAUUUAUGUUUGAAAAAUUAAACUUAACAAAGUUAUAAAUGUCCAAUAGGAGCAUUUCCAAAAGUCCGAACAAUAUGAGUUAUCCUACAGUUUCGAUAUCCUUCGUGUUUCCGGAAGGUCUUUCAUGGAACUCUUUUAACUGUUUUGAAUUUGAAUUUCCAGUUGUUAUUUUUAUUUUCCGAUGAAUAACAAGAUUGUUUUCUUUGAACAGUCCAGCAAAUUUGAAAUAUACCUUUAUAAUCGCCUUCUAUUCUGUGAAACACAUAAAGGAAUAUUGAUGACUUAAUUACUUAUUUUAUGGGAAGUCAGCUUAUCAUUGUGAUUAGUUUGAUGUAUAUGCGUUAAAAUUUUUCAAAUAAAAAUUUAUGUUUUAUUGAAAAGCAUUGUAAAUUAAAGUACUUCCCUUUUACUAUUGUAUGUACCUGUAACUGGUAUAGUUUUCUUCUGUGACAUUUUGUACCUUCUUGAAGUUUCGAAGCUGUGAUUUAUUAUGAGAAACGUAAAAUCUAAUAUGUAGAAGUAUUACUUUGUACGGAAGUGUUUCAGUUAUGGAAUUUAUAUAACAUAGUUUUUCCUGCUUCAUCUGUGCAUCUUGUAUUAAACCAUUUUGUAUCGAAUAGUUCUUGUAAAUUUUUCCUUAAAUUUCAGAUGUAAAAUU